GUUUGUGGUCAGCCUUGGCAACAUCGUAAGCAACCUCGGCAAUCCAGCUGCUUUGAAGGUAGAGGUGCUGCAGGAGAGCUGGCGAGCCGCGAACAAUCGCGACAACCCGCAGGUCUCAGAUGCCGAGCGCCAAAAGAUUUUGAAGCAAACCAAGAAGGAUCAAAAGAAGGUUGAGAUUGAUGCCGAGGUUGCCAGCACAGACAGCCCUGACAGUUCGGAGAGUAGCUUCUCUUUGAACACGGGUCACACCAUCGGUCCAGCUCACAGUACGAAGGUGAUUGCUGACAAAAGGCGCUGCGGUCUUUGCUUUGGCACUUUACUGAAAUGCUGCAAAUGUUGCGGAUAUGGGAAGGACGCACAGGUCAUGGAGAAGCAGGAGGAUAAAAGAAAGGAAAGGAAAGAGGCUAAGCCGAAAGAGACGACAAAGUCCAACAAGUCGCAAAUCCAAGCGACGGAUGUUCCCAGGACAUUUACAGAGAUGUUCCAGUGGAACUGCGCAGUUAUGGGCUUGUCAGGACGUAAGUGGAUGCAGGAGAUCUUGGCAAGCUUUUCAGCUAUGGUCGAGCACAUUGCGGAUAUGAGGCGCUUGCAGCAGGAGUGCAACAUUGUGUCCAUCCGUAUUGCAAAGGUGACUGCAGCUGGAGUGAACUGGGUGAAUCUCUCUGAGUUUAAGUCGUGCAUGUUGGCGGCCUUGCGGUCGUUGCUUCCUACGGUCUGGGACACGACGCAUGAGGUUGCUUGGAACUGGCUUUGGGACAACAUUGAGACGAUUCUGAAGAAGACCAUGGGUAAGCCUCUUCUGUGGGAGCAAGCCUUGCAGACGAUGUUUGCCACGUUGAGCGACGAGCAACUCUUCAGUUAUCGCGUCCAACUCUAUGAGAGGUUCUUCUCAACAGUUCCUGCAGGGCAGGACUACUUCAAGCAGUCGAAUACGCGACUUCACUUCAUUGCCGAGAGCGCUACCAACAUGUCGCUAAAGCUGCUUCAAGACCCAUGGCAGAUGGUUGACGAUGUCUCUGCACUUGGGUUGCGCCACGUCGGCUAUGGCAUCCCCACAGAGAUGUUUGGGCCGUUUACGGAGGCAGCAGUGGACGCUCUGCGAGGCCACAUAUCUGAUCCUCUCGUCCUGGAGUCUUUCAGCUGGUCCUUGUCCAUCAUCUCACAGAUGCUUGUGCACACGGUCACGGAGGGCUCCACCAUCGUCAUGAAGGCGAUCAACAACAACUCCGUGUUUCAACUGGUUAAGGCUUUGAGCUGUGCUCCACGAGGUGAGCGGGCUAAUUGGGUCUUGAUUGUCAAGGUUGGCACCCAGGACAUCUCACCUUUCAGAUGGGCAAUUGAAAGUGGCAGCUUGAGUGCUGCGAAGGCCAUCAUUGAGGAUCUCCUUGCAAUAAGAGCAGACAGAGAGAGGUAUUACUACGGGGUGGAUGACUUGUUCCAGCGGCAUCCGGACAUCAUCAAGAUUCUUUGCACUGAAGCACCCAUGCUGCUGCCUACUUUGUUGGAGGGUCUGAUCUGGCGAUCUCGAACGGUCAACCAGGGUAUGCGCCGAGUCAACUACUAUGUCAAGAACCUCGUCGUUGGUUCCGAUGGGGUUUUUGCAGGUGCCUUGCCAGCUCUGGUUGCAUUGGGUGAUCCCAAGAUCAUCUCGCACGUUGCCGUUGACUUGGUAGCAAACCUUUUAUGGUCAGGCAUUGUGACCCACGAGUUUCUCACUUCAAAGAUGUGGUUCAUCGUCAGCCUGGUUAUUCUGAUGGUUAGUCAAACUUUGUUGCCAGAGUACCGAGAUACCUUGGAAGUGAGGAUCGUGACUUUCAUCUUUCGAGUCAUGACAUAUGCACUGACCUUGCUGCGGCUACUGGUGCAGCAUUCUCGUGACAUUUUCCUCGCGUACUACCGGCGGCAAACUGUCCGGGUGUUCCGAAUCCCAUUUCCGAAAUAUCUUACAAAGUCAUACGACUUAGCCAGCUUCUUGCUUUUGAUCUGUUUGGUUCUGAUGUGGGCCAAUGAACCGUAUAUUUGGUGCUACAACGCACCGGAUUGGCCGACAGAGUACUGCUUGUCCUUCGAAGAAGGCGGGUUUAUCUACUCAGUGUUUGCAAUGUGUGCUGUGGGACUACACUGGGGUCUCAUGGCUGACCUCGCGGUGUUCUCAACUGGUCUCAGUGCAUUCGUCCUGGUGUGUGUGCACGUGGGCUCUGAAAUUGGACGCUUCAUGUUUGCUUUGAUGUUCCUCCUCACGGCAUUUGCAUCAGCGAUCACCGUUCUGGAACAUCACUACGAGGACAUGAAGACCGUGAGUGACACCUUGAUUGCCCUCUCAGGCAUCACCCUGCGACUGUACGAGGACGAUUACCGUGACCUGCAGAAUGAUCCAUUGCUGCUGACGGCAGUGUUUUGUUUUGUCACGGCAUCGGCCAUUCUGCUGCUGAACCUGCUGAUUGCUCAGCUGAAUUGCUCGUACGUCUACAUCUAUCAGAACAUGCUUGGCUAUGCAAAGCUCAAACGCUCAUCAGUGACAGUGCAGACUCUGGCGUACAUAAAGCUGGACCGAUGGAGCCGUUUCAUCGCUACGCUGGGUCUGGAUCAGCCUCUGGAAUUCAACGAGGGAGAUGUCGGUAUGGCAGGUGGCAUUUCC